CUCGGUCAGGCCUCACCCUGCUUCUGCCUGGCUCAUCGGAACAGAAUGUGGGAUGUGGCGAUAUGAUGUCAGCCAGUGUUUUACCGGAAGACAAACCAUAGUAGGCUACAGAAACACAGGACAGCACAUUGCACGGUGAGGUUAUUUGGGUCCGGUUACAACUGCAGCGGAAGAACUAGACAAACCGGUUGUGGGACCGCCUUUAAAGCACGAAACCAUCUCUGCAUCUGGAUAUAAAUGCGCACCCGUGCUCCCACACACUAGAAACUACGAGAAGGGCUAAAGCACUCAUCAAGGGGGAAACUCAGCCACCAGCACAGCUCGCCUGAUUUACAGGACAGCCACUCCCCGUUGCAGCAUCACAGACAAGCAGACGCUUCUUUAAGCCCAAGCCGAUCAACCCGGAAUUAAAGCAGGGCACUCACAGAAGAGAAAAAACAAGACAAGAAACCUGGAUCUUCGCUUUCAUUUCUGUUCCAGAAGAAAGCAACUCUCGCCAAGAUGAUGAUGAUGCAGCUCACAGAAACCCCCAACCAGAAAAACUCCCUCUUCAACGCCAUGAACCGCUUCAUCGGCGCCGUCAACAACAUGGACCAGACCGUCAUGGUGCCCAGCCUGCUGCGGGACGUCCCGCUGGAGGAGGACAGGGAGAUGAGCUCCCUGAAAUCGGACGAGGACGAGGGGGACAUGUACAGCUACUACCAGCUGCUCAAGUCCAUCCGCAUGGACAUCGAGUGGGGGGUCAGGUGCGCUGCGGCCGAUGAGAGGCGCAAGGAGAGGAUGAAGUUCACCCGCAUGAACUCGUCCGCGUCCACCUCUUCCUCCGCAUCAUCAUUGUCAUCAUCAUCUUCAUCAUCCGAAGAGGACGACGAAGAGGACGAGGAUCUGGAGAAGCAGUUCCAGUACCACCUGACCGGCCUGCAAGGGGUGCUGUCCAAGCUCACACUUCAGGCUAACUCUCUCACCAAGCGCUACAAAAAGGAGAUUGGUAUCGGAGGAUGGGGCCAGUAAGCUCGCUGAAACUGAAAGCCCAGAUUUUUUUUUAUUUAACUGGCUGAACUGACUUCUCUCAAUGGGCCUUUUUUUGCUGCUGCUGUUGCUACUGAUGAAAUGUAUGGACACACAUUUGAAUGGUAGAGAAAAAAAGGCAGCUUAUUUCUCUCAAUACACCUACAUGGUGUUGGUCUACUCUGUGGUAUUAACUGUAGAUGUGUUGAUCCUGAAUAUAGCAUUUGUGUACUUCACACCAAACUCCUAUGUUCGGUACUCCAUAGUGCUGUACACGUCAUGCAUUCAGCUCCUGUGAUACACAAAUGACACAUAUUUAAACCUUUAUUUAAUGUAUAAUUUAUUACCUCAUUCUGUAUGUUUGAGAGCCAAAUGUUAUUUCAAAGUUGGAGAAGAAGUGGACGGUAUGAACUACAGGACCUGUCGUUUGAACCGCCCCUCUUGAGGGGUAUACUGACAAAAGAUUUAGCUUCCUCUCUGUGAUGCUGAUGAUGUCAGUGUGUUCAGAUGUAUCUGUCUGUGUGUGACCACUGCUCCUCCAAAUCUGAUGUGUAUGUAUCUUUAAAUUGUGCUUGAAUGGAAGGAGGCAGAUGCCUGUGAUCUCCUAAUGUCCUACAUGGUCAAUGAACCAGAAUCAAUUGAUAGCAUCUGCAUAGAGAAUAAUGAGGGCUUCCAUGGGAUGCUUUGUUGUUAUUGUCAUUUAUUUGCUAUUAUGGUAUUAUUGGAGAUGUCCAUCUGUCGAAAUAAGCAAAUGCCUUUGUAUGCACCUUCUGCGCCAUUUUUGUACUGAUAUUUGUUUCUAAAAUAAAACUUUUAUACAAAUGUA